CUCGCGUCGAGUAUUCAUCUCCUACGGAUAACACACUCGAACUCGGUCUUAACGCUGUCCUAAUAAAGUUUACUAUCGCGUGAAUCAUUUAUCGAGUGCCGUAAUAAAAGUGUGAACGGAAUUAAACGUUACAAGUGAUUAUUUUAACAUAAAAAUAACCGCGGGAUUGUUGCACAAGCGUUCUACAUUGAGUAAGCGAGGUAACAAUUUAAAAAAGUGAAACAAGUGUCAAUUGAAAAAUACGAAUAAGGAAAUCAUGAUGACGAUAAGCGAAAGACAAUACUCCUCGAACAAGAUGUCCAGCAUCCACAAGAUCAACGACAGAGUCGUCCACCGGGACAGCUACGACGAUGUGAAGAGUUCCUCGAGCGUCAACAGUGCCUUGGUCACCAAACGGGGCUUCAAACCGUCCGAUAUGUUUGAUCCGCAAAAGAAAGCGUUCCUCACUAACCUCAGUUAUAAAUUGUUCCCUGUAAGUUGGAAUGACGGCGAUAUGUCCCGCGACGUCUCGGCAGUGCAGCCACACGACUUCCCACCUGAAGACUUCGAGAACAAGCCACUGCUGCCUGGCGAGAAGGAGAUCGACUUAAACAAAAUAUUCACACCGGCGCCUGAUGCUGAGGAGCAUCUCAUUAAGAAGGACCGCAAAUUCGAAAAAACAUUCGCGUCAUCCGCGUUCUACGUGCCUGGUGUGCAUCCUACAGUCAAGGAGCAGAUGGACCUGGCUCGAGCCAUCUCCAGGUCACUGAGCGACUCCAGCAACCACAUGAGCAGGGGACAGAGCAUGUACGUGAACAGGAAGAAGCGAUCGGUGAAGUGGGUGCACGAGGGACGAGGUCGCAAUACAUCUAACUCCUGCUCAACACCCACGCCAGUAGCCAACCACGACACCGCCUACCGCCCACCAUCAAGCCUCCGAAGUCAGAAAACCUAUCCGAAAUCAGCGCUGAAGUACACCAACAAUAGCCUACCUAAGAUGGAACCCUUCCCGGUAUCCCCACCAACGAUUACCGUACAAAAUAUUGAAGUGCCAGUGCCAUUAGCGCCUACAAAAUUAAACGAUGUCUACGCCGCGCCAAAAAGCCCGCGACUGCCCCUUGUCUCUGGUCCCAAUUUCAAUAUGGCGCCGCGCGGUUGGGGAGAAAUGACAGAUUAUUACAGACCCGUGUCGCUAGAUGGCGCUGGUAGAAUGGCAACUACGUAUACAGAUUUUUAGUCUUUAAAUAUUGGAAAGAAAUCUAGUUAAAACUUAAUAUUAAUUCGUAAAAAAAAAUUAAGAAAAUAUAACAAUUUAUUUUAUUUGUUUAAGGUGCCUAGGAAGUACAUUGUAUUCGUGUUUAAGGUACUAUGAAUGUAUUCUCACUCUAUAGAUAUAGAUAUUUUUAUAAAAUUUAAAAGCGAACAACUGUUCAUUCAUUGAGUUAAAAAAUAAUGUUAUUUAAUUACUUACAUAGUAAUACCGUUUUUAUAAGAAGAUAUUUAGAUCAAAUUAGUUAUAGCGAUGAAUAUUGAGAAACGAGAAAAACUUACUUGAAACUUCUACAAUUUUAUAAAAACCUAUAAGUACCUAAGUUUAACAAAUUCUGUCAAAUUUUUGGAAAAAAUUUGAUUACUUUGAAUUGUAUGUAAAGAUUUUCAAUUUUACAUUGCCCAUUUAAAAUGUAAGUAAUUAAUUAAUGUAAUAAAGUAAUUGAAUUAUUAUUUAUAUUGUACCCCAUGAUUAUUUUUAAAGUUUGCGUGUACGCAAUGUAAAAUGUUGUUAUGUUCUUACAUUAUUAUGUCUAACAAAGUACGUAGUCUAUGAAACUAGUCAUUUGUUUUUUUUUUUUUUUAUUUUGUUUUUAUUGUAAUUUAAACUUAUUUUAGGCAACAGAUUUAUUAGGUGAUACGUUUAAUUACACUAAAAUAACAUUAAGUACUUAAGUAGGCCACAACAGAAUAUCAGUGUUUUGCUCUUUUGAGGGCAAAGCAAUAAACUGUGUUGCGGCCAUUUUGUGUUACUAUGGCACACGCAUGAAGGAAGGGAAAGAAAGGAGAUUGUUAGUUUAUAUAUUUUGUUUUUUUUUUUUGUUUUCUUGUUUUUUAUUUUCAUUCUUUUAUCACUUUUAUUGUGUAUUAUGUGUAUGUUUUUUUAAUGUAAUUUGUGUGCUGUAAGUAAUGUAAAUAAAUUAUCUAUCUAUCUAUCUAAUUACCUACUUUUAGCUAAAAAAUACUUAGGAUUGCCUGUAUUUUUUUUUAAAACUCUAAACGCAAAUAUCUUUACCUAUAUACACGAUACGAAAACUGGAAUACACGAUCAUACCUAUUUGAUUAGGAAAAAAAUUAAAUAUAAUAAUAAAUCACAGAGAAGCAAAAUGGUAACUUUGCUUUAUUUGCUGGUCUUGGCAAGAAACACUACCGUGCCUGUUCCAUGCAGAUCCAUGCAGAUUUUCCUCAUCCACAUUGUAUUUUUAUUUUUUACAACAAUUUAACAACACGAUGGUUUCCAGGGGGAACCGCGUAGAGGUCGACCUGGUUGGGUAUAUUGCUAGCAAUGAGAUUCUCAGUCUCCAUUACUAACAAUCCCUUUCCCUCCUUCCGGGAUAUGUUUACUGGCCGGGAUAAAAAGUAACCUAUAUACUUCUCCACCUCAUAUAGUAGGUACGUGUACACCAUAUUUCAUAGUGAUUGGUUAAGACGUUAAGAAGCUAUGACGUGACAGACAAACAAACUUACUUUCACAUUUAUAUUUUUAGCAAGAAUACUUAGAAAGUAUUUAUGUUAUUUAUUUAAACAAUAAUAAGUAAAUUUAGUUAUGUUUAUAUAAUGCACAAAAAUGCUUGCAGCUACCUUCAAGUAUGACGAUGUACGAAGCGUAGGAUCUGUGACGUUCACCACUUUCCAUCAGGUGGGACGUCAGCUUAAUUUUUGCCUUUACAAAUCGUAAAAUAAUUCAAUAAUAUUUUUUUUUGCAUUUUUAUUUAAACCUAAUAUUAUUUAAUGUUUUUUUUUUAUUUUUAAAUUGUCUAUAAUUUUGUUAACAGGAAUAUUUAUUUGUUUUCAUAUAUAUUUUUAUUAUUUGUAUUAUAUUUUCUUUCAUUUAUAAAUAUUGGUUAAGAAAUAUGUAUAUAUUUAUUAUAUUUAUGUGUAAUUUAUGAGAAAUCUCAUUUACUAUUUAUAUUUCAACCACCAUGUUUCUUCAGUCACAUUUACGAGUAUAUACUUAAGUAUUUUUU